ACUACUACUACUACUACUACCUACAGUACUACUACGCCAUCCUUUUCCCACACAGACAAGGAACAAAGAUCGUCGCUCGUUCUCUCCAGUUUUUCGACACCCAGAGAUCCGUUUCCACUCACUUGCGCAGAAGCAGCUUCAUGUUGGACGAGCCCGUGGCUGGCCACUGGGCAUAUUGGUUGAUCGAUUGACUUUUACGGGCGCAACCUUGUUCACCACGCUGAGCGACACCAAAUCCAAUCGAGUACCACGACCGAAAGCCUGAUAUUGCAACGCCCCCAACGACCGAAGCAAGCAAACAAACAAACAAAUCAAUCAAUCAGGUACAUCUGAGUUGGACGAGAAUAUCCUCGCAAGGAUCUACCGCCCGCUUCUCACGUAACAGCAUACAUACUGUACUGUGGACAGGCAACAAAAAACCCGGCCCCCAGCCGUCAGCAUCCAACACCCGAGUUUGAAAUAAAAAAUUGAGACGGCGCUUCUCUGGCGCCAGGGGUCAAGCAUCUCCCAUCUUUUGGUGCCUUGCUCCUUCAGGGACAGUUGUCGUCGGAGCAGAGUGACCUUGUUGUUGACGGCCUCGCUCGUCCCGUCAAAAUGACACGACCAUCGAUCGUCAGAGCCGAUACUAUCGAUCUCCAAGAUCAUCACUCUCCAUCCGCUCAGGACCACUCGAAGAGCCCACGCCUGGGCGGCAACGCCAACUCCCUAGGUCCCCACCAAGCUGAGACUAUUCGUGAGGUCACACACGAGAUCGAAGACGAACAGCGACGCUCUCCAAGAGUUUCUCUCGACAACCGCAACAGUCUCGACGAAAUUGAUUCCUUUGCAGACGAACUUGUCGCCAACUCUACAAGUGGGAAUACUCGCGCACAGGGCGCACGCGACAACAAUAGCAAUAUGAACCAAGAAGAUGCACUGGCAAUUGCGCAGAAUGGAGGCGUCUCAUCUUCGGAUGAGGGCGAGCUCGACGGCGACGAUGACCUCGAUGACGACAUGAUGGAUAAGAUCUCAAGUUCGCCUUCGAUUGAAGAUGGUGGGUGCUACCCCGUCGCUACCCCUGCGGCAUGGCCACGCCGUGUCUCUUCCCUACCUUCGCAGAGGAGUAGUACUCCCAGUAUCUCUGGUUCAAGCGGCACCAGGGUUUGCUCGCCAUAUCCUGAACCUCCCAACUCCGUACCCAGUCCAUGCGCAAUUGCGCAGCUUCCACGAGCAUUACUCACGAAAGUCCGGAACCAUCGUCUUCAUGGUGAGUAUAACGGUCGCGACGAGCAUCAUAACGACGCCGAACCCGAACCCGACGAUAGUUGGACAACGUCCAAUUCGACGGCCGAAUUUCACGAAACGUUUGAAGAGGUCGAACCACACGCUAGGUCCAGCAGUAAUGAAGGCUAGCAUCCUUCUGCUGAAGGAUUGAGUAUUGGAGGAAAGGGCACCGUAGCCGAUAACAGAGAGCAGGACAUUUUCUAUGACUGUGAUCCAAUGCUGGAUCUAUUCGAUUCGGAUUUUGACGACGAAAGCCCCGACUUCGAUCCCGCACUUACUGUUCCCUACGAAGAAUCUUUUGAAGACGAUGAUUCUGCACUCUCCAUUCCUGACGACUACAAUUUCAUUGACUCCGGCUGGGCAGUUGAGUGCUUACAAGACAUAGAGGACAUUGAUUUCGAAUUCGUUUACGCCCUUCACACUUUCGUGGCUACCGUUGAAGGUCAAGCAAAUGCAACCAAAGGUGACACUAUGGUCUUGCUAGACGAUAGCAACAGCUACUGGUGGCUAGUCAGAGUUGUUAAAGACAGCAGCAUUGGAUACCUACCUGCAGAGCAUAUUGAAACGCCAACAGAACGUCUAGCACGUCUGAAUAAACACAGGAAUGUCGAUCUCUCUGCAACUAUGUUGGGGGAUACGGCGGAGAAGAAGCAGCAAACGUUCAAAUCGCCAAUUAGAUUUGGACGCAAAACGGUCACAUUCACCUCACCCACGUACCACGACUACACUGAAAUCGACGACUAUUCGUCUGACGAAGAAGACUUGGACGACUUAUUCGCCGGCUCGACCACUACAGCCAAGCAAGAUCAACAACAAGAACAAAAGAAAGAUCGAGAUCCAGCUUCAACGAUAUCGAUCAUAGAAGAUGAUUCAUCAGAGGAGAGCGCCAGGGUUGAGCCUCUUAAGCCCCGUUCAAAUAAAGAAGUUAAAAUGGCUAUGGAGCCGUCAAAGGUUGACACUGUGGAAGAGGAAGAUGAGACGAGAAGCAGUGAGGAAAUACUAUUCGACAACAAACAGGAAGGCCCCAGCAGAUCCCGCAAUGGUACCGUCAGAAACACCGACUCUUUCUUUAGAGAUGAGACAGUCGAGACCAAGAAGAUCACUCUCACGCCCAAUUUACUACGAGACGACAACCAACCUCGGCCAUCUCAGGACUCAACAACCAAGGAUAUCAAGUCCCGAGGAAGUCUUGAUAAGCUGGACAAGGAGCUCAUGUCCGACAAGGAGAAAAAGAAGCACCAAGAUAAGUCUCGGAAAGAGAAGGAAAAGAAGCCGAGCGCCAUCCGAAGCUUCUUUUCCAGAAAGGACAGAAAGAAGUCGGUUGACGAUGAUGACGAAUCUUUUGGCAAGCGCUCUAUGGAUAUCGUAUCGGAGCCUCGGGACAGCGAGUCAAUUGAAGAGGUCGCGUCGCCUGAUAGACAACCGCAACGGAGUACAAGCAAACUUCAAAAGCAGCUCCCACGAACUGAAGCAUCUCCUGGCAAGGGUGGGGAGACCUCGUCGACCAUGGAACUCGCAGCUUAUCUGGCCGAGUCUCGGGUCAACGAUGUGUCCAACGUGCCACCAGCGUCGAUGCGGAUCGUCAAUCCCGAGACACAGGAGACACAUGAAGUGCCAUCAAAUUCACAAAGUGGUGGGGAUUCGGCCAAGGUACGUUCCUCUUCAGCCGCUGCACAACACGACGAUACGAAGGCAUUGGCGAGGGCGUUGGGCCGCAGCGCAAGCACAGGAGGCGAGCCUAGGGCAACCAAGACAGUCAAGCCUCGUCCAUUGAUGGAUCUGGAUGAACUGUCAAGCUCCGACGAGGAUGAUGUGUCUCAGCCUACGAACCGAACGACACCAGAGCAACCCGUCGAGAAGAAGCCCGAGGGUGGACUACGGCCACAGCUGCCAGGAGCGUUCCCUGAUAGCUUCGAUGCAACCGCCAAGCCGAACGCAUCCACAGCGGCAGGCCAAGGCCAGAAGGAUCGUCUGUCAGAAUCACCGGUGCAGGUGUCACCUGUCAACACAACACGGCCACCAGCACUGGAGAUCGACACGUCUUCCCAAGAAGGUCGCUCGUCCUCUGAUGUGCCGUCACCAGAGCUCAUGCCUGGUGACGAGACACCUAAGGAUAGUAGCUCAACGAAAAGUGCCAAAGAACCUGGCUGGGAUGACGAGAAGCUUCGUGCCUUCUUCGACGAUGGUGAGCACGUUCGAGAUCUUCUCAUGGUCGUGUACGACAAGACAGACGUGGAACCUGUUAGCAAAGACCACCCGGUGGUCAGUGGUAUGUUUAGAGAACAGAACGCUAAGCUAGCGGAGAUUACCACUCAACUUGACAAUAUGCUCGGGGACUGGUUGGCUAGGAAGCAACGGCUUCGCGGCUCAGUAUGAAGUAGCAUAUCGAAGUACGAGGGCGUUUUGAGUACAUCGUUGGCUUUAACAGCUGGGCCAGAUGCCUAGCUCUGUAUGAAAAGGAGAUCUCAUUCUUGGUUCGUUGAACGACUUGACUAUCUAGGGGAAUAUGGAUUGCUGGUUCUGGACAUGUCCAUGAAGACAGUCCGUUGUGUUAGGUAUAGGCGUUUGAAGGGCACGACUUUUUGAUUGGGCGAGGAUUAGCAUGAAUCGAAUCCUCGGGCCGUGCUUUGGGCAUUUUGACAUAUCCUUGGGACCUAGUUUUACAGAGGGCGCCUCUGUUGAUAAGAAGUAUUUGCAUACAUAUAUAUACACAAACAUCAUUCACAGCGAGAAGAUUCCGGAUGUCGGAGGAGCCAUUUUCACGUGAAGGGAUCCCUGUCUGGGCAUGGAG